GUGUUGGUUAGCAACAAGAAAGCGGCGGCCAGGUUAGCUGCAUACUUAGCUUGUGUUACCAAGCUAUUUUUUUUUUUAAGCAUAUCAGCGUGAAUUUAACGCGUAUUCAUAACUUAAAUAAAUAUGCGUACGGACAGAUAACUGAGUAAGCGCCGCCAGUAACAACGAGGUGAAAAGAGGUCCCUCUAAAACAGCCCACAGCUGUUCAGUCAGCACAACAUUAACCUGGCUACAUACAGAAACGCUAGUAUCGUUUAGAGACUAACAACCAUGACUCUGGCAGUGGGCCGCGAACCCAGAAAGACUGCGGGGAACCGCAUGUCCAAACUACUGGACGCUGAAGAAGAGGAUGAAUUCUACAAGACAACAUACGGAGGCUUCAACGAUGAAUCAGGAGAUGAUGAGUAUCACGGAGAGCAUUCAGACACAGAGGACGAGGUGGACAGCGACUUUGACAUCGAUGAGGGUGACGAGCCAGACAGUGACCAGGAGGAGGAUGCACCUCGGAGGAAAAGUCGGGUUGUCACCAAAGCUUAUAAGGAACCUAUAAAAGUUGCAAAGCCCAAACCCAAAAGACCCUCUGAGGAACAGAAGAAGAUAGAGAAAACUAAAGUGGAGCUCAAAAGAAGGAUUCCACAAGAAUUCCAAGAUUUUGCAGAGCCUCGGAAGUCUGUGCGACAGUCCACCAGUGAACAUACCCGAAAGACCAAUCUGCGCUUGCAAGAACGCCAGGAUGCCCCUCGGAGACGGAGGGGUGCUCAUCGCGACCGGCCCCUUACCCAGGAAGAACUGCUGGCUGAGGCCAAAAUAACAGCUGAGAUUAACAUUCGAUCUUUAGAGAACUAUGAACGUCUGGAGGCGGAUAAGAAGAAACAAGUCCACAAGAAGCGGCGUUUUGAAGGACCAACCAUCCGUUACCAUUCAGUCCUGAUGCCGCUAGUCUCUCACUCAGUCCUAAAAGAAGAAAAUGUGGAUGUUGAAGGGUUGGAUCAAGAUGUCCCUCAGACUGCACCACAAAAUCCCACCACACCUUCCCAGCAGCCCGCCGGAGGCCUGUGCUCCCGUACUUACAUAACAUUCAGUGACGACGAAGCUUUUGAGGCGGCCUUUCCACACAGCGCCCAGUCAAGUCCUCAGCUGCCCGUCCAGGAGGUUUGUCCUGUCACCCACAAGGCCGCACUGUACAGAGAUCCAGUCACUGACAUACCGUACGCUAACACACGAGCCUUCCGCAUCAUCCGAGAAGCGUACCGUAAAUACGUGGCUGCUCACGGAUUUCCAAACACUGGUGUGACGGGACUUGACUCCUCAGCAACGAAGGGUGCUCGCCAGAAAAUGGUCGUCAAGCAGGGUGCUAUUGGAACAUAGAUUAAUUUUAAAAGUAUUUAAGAAAUAGGUCUGUGCGUCCUGUUGCUGUGCACCACCAUGGGGUAAACACCUUUUCUGAAAACAAAAAUAUCUAUAUCUGAUUUUCUCUCCAUCCAUACAAAGUAUCAUUGGCAUCAGACAAAAGUUAGUUGGUAAAGUUGCAGAUGUUUUGGGAUUUGGUAAAAACUGUUACUGUUGUGGACAGCAUAAAAUUAAAUUAAAAUAAAAAGAACUUAGUAAAAAAAAACAUAAUUACCACAACUAGAUCAGUUGGUGUAUUCUCUUAAACUGCAUAAAAGUCCUACUUGUGACGUCUCUGUACAGAAAUUCAUUGUGUACAUUAAUACCCCGACAAAUCCAGGUUGAGUGGAUGGAAAACUGCAGGUUGGCUUUGGAAGCAAAGUAGGCCUCCAUCUGCACAUUGGCAGCUUUUGAUGUUUUUCUUUUUCUUAAAUGCCUUUUUUUACUGUCAAGAUAUUUGGUUUCUACAAAUGUACAUAUUUCUCAACAAAAAUAAAUAUUUGAAAUGUGG